AUGUCGGUUCAUGCUGUUUAUGCUCAGGAGCUGAACUGGAAAACAGGAACCAUCUUUUCUUUUCCUGUUGACGAUUUAUCAAGGGAACCACAAGUGGAACGAGAACUGAUGCUUGUAAAACUCAACGUUGAUCCAGACAAGCGCCAUGAGAACAUCAUUUUACACGGCGUUAUAAUUAAGUCUCCAAGAGCACUGAAAUUUGUAACCAAUAGAGGCCUGCAGAUUAAUGAUCUUGUGGUUCUUGAUAUAUUUGCAACAACAGUUGAGGAAGAUGAAUCAAAAGCCCAAAAAAUUCCAUCUGGAUUUCACUUGGACACAGAAGAAAGUGACAACCUCCUUCCUGGAUUUCUUGAUGCCAUUUCUGGAAUUAGGCCAGAUGAGACAAGGUCAUUUCCUCUUCAGUUUCCUGAAUCAUGGGAACAAGAUCUUCGAGGUGUUAAUUCUCAAUUUACUGUUGUGUGCAAAUAACUCUUUUAUAGAGAACUACCCAAAUUGGAGGACUCUCUUGCUGAAAAGCUCCUUCCUGGAUGCAGCACCCUAAAUCAGUAUCCGACAGAAGAAUUGGUUAAAGAGUUGCAAAACUCUGUGGCAGAGUUCAAACGUCAUAAUCAUGAGUAUGAUGAGGAACACAUCAAAGAUCAGAGUAAUUUAAAAUCACCUGCUGUGGGAUUAACUUUAUCUUGA